UUCACCCAAAUUGACACAAACACCCCUAUUUAAUUAUCUACUCAUCCAUCGCUUUCACUCCCACACGCCGCCACACAGAGAGGACAGUCUCGUAAAUGCGCACAAAAAUCCAUACCAAAUGGAUCAGCUGCCAAAAACCAGUGAUAAGUAUCGGAGCACGAAGUAAGCCCCUCCCCCCUUUUUCUCUGUUCUUCACGAUAAGAGGCAUUAGUCCACUCAGAUUCCAUAUUCCGUUUACAUAUUUCCGAUCAAAACUCGCAGGCAUAUUCGCACCCACCUCGCCGAUGAACCCAUUCUCUCCAAAACCAGUGAGAUAAACCACAAUGGGGGAAGAAGAGCAGAGCAAAGAAGCCGCCGACCAACCCACCGUCGCCGGAGAAUCAAGACUCCGGCAAGCCAUUCAGUCCAUCUCGUCCCUCAUUUCCCUCACCUAUUCCAUCAAAAUCUUCGCCGGAAAAUGGAAAACCAUUACAGCCAAGCUCGAAGAACUCAACUCCGGCCUCGCCGCCGUCGACGGGGACGAAGCCCCAGUCCUCUCCGGCGUUCUGGGCCCCACCAUGGCCACCGUCGACGAGUGCCACGACCUCGCUCGCCGCUGCGUCGAUCUUUCCUACUCCGGCAAGCUUCUGAUGCAGAGCGACCUCGACAAGCUCGCCGCGAAGCUCAAUCUCCACGCCGGAAAGCUCUCGGAAAUCUACAACGCCGGCGCGCUGAGUCACCGCUUCGCCAUCGUGGUGUCGAGACCCGGAAUUGGGGCUUGCAGAGACGACAUGAGGUUCUACGUUAGGGACUUGAUGACGAGAAUCAAGGUCGGCGAUUCCGAGAUGAAGUUACAAGGUUUGAAGAACAUGUUUGAUUCGAUUGUGGAGGAAGACAAGUAUGUUAAGGUGGUCGUGGAACAGAGUGAGGUUGUGGGUUUGUUGAUUGUGUUUCUCGAUUCGAAUGAGGUGGAGAUUCAGGAUUGGUCGGCGAAGAUUGUGUCUUUGGUUUCCGGUUUUGGAUUUUGUAAAGGGGUUUUGAUCGGCGCUGGAGUUAUUGCGCCGUUGAUAAGGGUUUUGGAGAGUGGGAGUGAAAUUGGGAAAGAAGAAGCUGCGAGAAGUUUGAUGAGGUUGACUGAGAAUGGAGACAAUGGGUGGUCUAUUUCAGCUCAUGGAGGAGUCACAGCUUUGCUUAAGUUAUGUGAAAGUGGGGAGAGUUCAAGUAGGUUGGUUGGUUCAGCUUGUGGGGUGCUUAGGAAUCUUGUUGGGGUGGAAGAGAUAAAGAGGUUCAUGGUUGAUGAAGGAGCUGUAGGGACUUUUAUUGGGCUGGUGAGGUCUAAAGAGGAAGGGCUGCAGAUCAAUGCAAUUGAGUUUCUGCAGAAUGUAGCUUGUGGGGAUGAAGGGGUGAGGAAUAUGGUGAUUAAGGAAGGUGGGAUUCGAGCAUUGCUUCGAGUUACGGAGCCAAGAUCGGAUUGUUCAUGCAAAGUGAGGGAGAUUGCGUUGAGGGCAAUUGAGAAUUUGUGUUUCUGUUGCAAUAGUAGUGUUGGUGUUUUGGUGAAGUAUGGGUUUGUGGAUCAGCUAAUGUAUUUUUUAAGAAAUGGGGAGGUUUCGAGUCAGGAAUUGGCGUUGAAGGUGGCGAUUAGGCUUUGUGAUGCAUCGGAGGAAGCCAAGAAGGCAAUGGGGGAUGCAAAUUUCAUGACGGAGCUGGUUAAGUUUCUUGAUUCCAAGUCAUAUGAGGUUAGGGAAAUGGCGGCCGAGGCGCUCUCCAGCAUGGUUUUGAACCCCAAAAAUCGUAAACGUUUUGUGCAGGAUGAUCGGAACAUAGGCCUUCUUCUGCAGCGGUUUGACCCAGACCAGCUAGGAAAUGCAGGUAACAAGAAGUUCCUGUUCUCCAUUUUAAUGUCAUUGACAAGUUGCAACAGUGGGAGAAGGAAAAUUGCGCAUUCUGGGUACUUGAAAAACAUUGAGAAACUUGCAGAAGCAGAAGUUUCAGAUGCCAAGAGACUUGUCAAGAAAUUAUCCACAAACAGAUUUCGAAGUAUGUUAAGUGGAAUGUGGCAUUCUUGAAUCCAUCAAUAAUGUGGUUGCAUUUUUGUUUAUAGAAAUUGUAUAUCUGCACAAGCGUUUUCCAAGUUCUAACACUGUCUGUGAAUCACAAACUGGAAUCAUAAUCUACUUGACUACUACUACUA